AUGAGACGAGCGAGCGAUGCAGAGACCGCAUCCCGAGAUCGCUGCUUCACUCUCUUCCCGAACCUACCAGCUGAGAUACGCCUGAUGAUAUGGGAAGCCGCCUUACCUGAAGAGGUACAUCCUAGGUCGAAGAUAUGCGAGAUUUGGGACUUGAAACGAGGCGAAGACAUAAUUGCAACCACACCCCGAGCGACAGCUAAUAUAGCUUUUCUGGCCUGCUGUCACGAGUCCCGUCACUUUGCUAUCAAUGAUGGAAGUUUAGUACCAUUAAAGAGCCUUGUAUCGGGCAAAGCGUGGCAAAAGAAAGUCUGGAUAGAUCGCAAUGUCGAGAUCGUCUUCAUCCCUUUCGAACCGCGCUAUCUCGACAGGAUCAUCACUAUCCCACCGAAUAUCAAAGUCCUAGCCGAUACAAUAGGUAAUACAUACGACCCCAUGCGCGAAGAUACCGUCGGGAAAUACAUUACCAAAUGGCGAAACGGAGGUACUAUCGAUAUUGAUACCUUAUACUUUGGCCUUGUGGACGAACUUCCCAGGAAUUUGAAAUCAAACAGAGAUGGGAGGAGAAUACAUAUUUGGUCUCCGAGGUUUGGAGGCAUUCAUAUGAUAUGGCCCAGGGAAUCUGAGAAUGAGAGCGAGCGAGUGCAGUCCAGGGAAUCUGAGAAUGAAAGCGAGCGAGUGCACCAAAGCAUGCUUGAAGAUUUCUCUUUUACGGAGUUUCUGUGUGACUUAUGA